CAGAGUGAAGUGACAUGCUCUGGAUUUAGGAAACUAACGGCAGACUGGAGGAGGGAGCAGUACUUUAUACUUUGAGAGAUCUUCUUUGGACUUUAUUUAGUCAAACUGUUGUUGGAUCGAUGGACAAAUCCAUUUUGUGGGGGCGGUAUCUAUGACAAAAGUCUAUGUUUUCAGAUCAUGCCACGUUUGCCUGUGAUGUGCUGAGCAGAACAUCCUCCCACUGUGCAUAAACACAACAGCUGUCAGUGCGCACUGACCGAAAAGUUACCGGAGUUGUCUUUACUUCUUCUUUGGCUGAAUUUCUUUAUUUUUCAAAUCUUCUGUUGUAUCGACUCCUUUUUCCCCCAGCGUGCUGUCCCCCGGCCCGCCCCAGCAUGCUGGACUGACGUCUGAGGAAUGGCAUCGGCUGUGUUUGAAGGCACGUCGCUGGUCAACAUGUUUGUCCGAGACUGUUGGGUCAACGGGAUCCGCAGACUGAUCAUCAGCCAGCGGGGAGAGGAAGAGGAAUUCUUCGAGAUAAGGACAGAGUGGUCUGACAGGAACAUUUUAUAUUUGCAUCGGAGUUAUUCCGAUCUGGGGCGGCUGUUUAGGAGACUGCUGGAGUCCUUUCCUGAGGACAUAAGAGACCUCUCCAAGUCUCCGCUCAUAGAAGGGCUGGUGAAAAUCAAAGAGGCCAACGACAUUGAGGAGAAAUUGAAUGAGGUGGAAAGACUUCUGAAGAAUGCCAUCAACAUGCCAUGCAAGUAUGCAAGGUCAGAGGUGAUGUUGACUUUCUUUGAGCGAUCGCCGCUGGACCAGGUGCUGAGGAACGACAAAGUCCACAGAAUCCAGCCAUGCUUUCAGAGUCCAAUCACAAUAUCAGAAAUCAUGCAGUCCAAUGGAUUCUGUCUGGCCAACACAGAAACCAUUGUGUUUGAUAACAGUCUCCCUGAAGAAAAAGAGAGACCCUCAUCCACAGACUCAGUGGAACAUACGUAUGAGGAUGGAACAGAGUUUUUGUCGAUGGAAGCAGAUUUGCGUGAUGAGGACACAGAAGCGUAUGUCACCAACCUUUCCUACUACCAUCUGGUUCCAUUUGAAACGGAUAUCCUUGAAUGAACUACCUGUUGAUAGACAUCUGAUCAUUGAGAUCUCUUAAAUGGAACCUGGGCUAUGCAACGCUGCACAUAGCUGCUCCAAGUGAAUGCUGCUUAUCCUUUCAAACGGUAGACUUUCUCGUAGCGGAUUUUUGGGCAGAAAAAAUAUUGGAAGAAAUGCACCACUUUGUCCACUUUAAGCGACGUCACCAGUGUGCCUCAUACAGAGCCUUAGUGAGUGUGUCAAGAAGAAACAUGACAGGAUUGUCUUUAUACUGGCUUCAGGUGUUUUAACACAACCUGUGGCAGCAACAAUGGUGGUCCUUCAGUCCCGAGGCAGAUGCUAACAGCUGGAGAGGUUUCAAAAUGUGCAGCUGGAUGACUUCAAAAGGAUUCCCCAAAUACAUCAUUGUAUGGGGUUUGGAAUGUGUGACCGAAACCUGAGCGGACAUCGCCACACAGCAACCACAUUUUGAAAAAA